UUUGUAUGCUAGAAAGAAUUAUAGACUACUAUGGAUUUUUGCUUGAAGCUGUUAUUAGUCAUAUUUGUUGUGACGCUUAACAGGAAAUAUUUAAUCAGACGAAUGGCUGACUCGCUAUAUCAACGACAGCCCCUAUAUACACAGAUGACAUGUGUAAUUAUCUAGGCAAGACGGAACUAGCUGGAAUGUUUGGUUAAUGUUGGCAAUAGUACAUUACGGCUAAUCGAAGAGUCGUUUGAGUUGUGCGCCUACGUUGAAGUUUACCAGCGGCAGUAUCGAAUGUUUACACGUUUGAAGUAUAGAAUGUGGCGCAUAUCAGUUAACUGGCGUAAAAGCACUAUUUGUGUUAAAUUAGAAGAGAUCUAAUUGGUCACACGUGCCCUUGUAUAAGAGCUUAUAUAUAGAUAGUGAUAUCGUUGUAUCUAUCUGAUGCGUGUUUUGUCAAUGUCCUGUGUAUAUACGUCCCCUUGCUAGAAGAGUAAUAUUCUGACCCGAAAGUUCAAGAGAUCCAGCGAAAUGUUCGGGUCGAUCACUGGAGGUUUUGGUAACACCUCCACAUUUGGAACCGGCUUCGGUACAUCGACUCCGGCGACUUCAACGGGCAUCACUGCGUUCGGCAGUACCCAAUCCGGAUUCGGAGCGCCUCGGCCAGCUGCACCCUUCGGCAAUGUAUCGAAUGUGUUUGGUACUCCAACUCAAACGCCAGGAACAACUGGUUUCGGCAUGGCGGCGGGGAUACCGGCCACAACGACUUCCAGUGGGUUCGGCGUGUUUGGUCAAGGCGCCCCGUCUCUUUUCAGUGGCGGAAAUCCCACUCCAUUUAGCGGCGGUGCUGUACCUGGUAUAGCUGGCUUCAAUACCAGCGGAACGGCAACAAAUCAGACCAGUGGAUUCUCAUUCACAGCACCCAACCCGAAUGCGUUCCAGGUCACAACACCGAGUGGCAACUACGGAGCAGGAUUUGGACAAAGUGGCUUCGGUCUACAACAGACUCCCCAAAGCAAUACUUUCGGUAUUAAUGCCGGUGUUCCUUUGCCCACACCCCAACAAACUGCCCAAAUGGCGGCCCAAGCAGAAGCCCAGAAAAUUUGCCUUGCAGUUUCGAACCCCGGUAUCUACAAUGAUGAACGCGACAAGAUAUUGGCGAAGUUCAAUACAAUUCAGUCUAAAUGGGGUGUUGGAAAAGGGUUUAUCGCGCAAUCUGGCCCCCCCAUCGACUUUACACCGAAUAAUCCGUUUUGCAAAUUCAAGGCAAUCGCUUACAACGCACUGCCAACAAAUCGUCCUGAAGAAGGUCUUGUUUCGCUGAUGGUUAAUAAAAAGGCUGAGGAUAUUAAACAAAUGACACAGCCAUCGUUUAGUGAACUACUGCAUAAGGAAGUCAUUAAAUUGCCGGAAUAUUCAGUGUUCAUAGAUUCCGUCACUGAUAUCGGAAACUCACAGUGUAACGUUGUCAUCUACGUUCUACAAAAGUUUUCAUCUGGGCAAGCAAAAAGGAUGGUAUCAACAGAUUUGCUCAAGAACCUGGAGAAUCCAAAUUGCAAGAACGCCUUGACCACUCUGGGCGUGGUGAACAUGGCAGAAAAAACAGAGUUUAACAAGACGUUGCUAGAUCAGUACCUAGCCAUACCACCGAACGGAAUAGAUCAGCUUCUAUGGGAGCAGGCGAAAAGCGACAACCCCGAUCCGAAACGGAUGGUACCCGUCCCGAUUAUUGGCUUCGAGGAUCUCAAAAGGAGAAUGGACAGCCAGCAGGCGCUCCAGGCAGGUCAAAUGGACCGUUUGCAAAAAAUGGCCCGCGAAGCAGAAGAGCUGGAAAAGCGAUGUGAACAGUCUCGUGCAAGAGUCGACGAGUUCCGCAGUAAGCAGCAAAACCUGUCACAUCGGGUUCUCACUGUCAUGGUCGCGUUCGAGAUUAAUCGAAAAAUUGGACUGGGCAUACAGGCCGACGAAGAGACCCUAAAGGCGUCGCUUGAGGACAUUAUGAAUGAAAUGGACCACCUAAACCGUGGUAAGCUGAACGAGCUACAGGCUAGUGUAAAGAGUGUUCCGCGCGAUCAGCAAUCACAUACGGGAUCCGCUGAACCUGUCAGCGAAGAAGUUAAUCAACUUUUGGCUCAACAGCAUCGCGGUAUUACUGACUUGAUAAAGGUUAUAAAGGAAGACAUGAAGAAGCUUGAUGAUAUCAAGAAAACACUGGUUAGUCCUAGCCCGAACGUGUCAUAAGCUUGUUGCGCAUUUGACGUCAACGAUUCAAUGAACGACGCUUUAUAUUAAUAGAAAUAUUUAUAGACGGUAGGGGGGACUCUUAAGUAAAACGAAGGAUCAGGGUAAAUAGUAGUCAGAAAAUUAAUAGCCACUUAAUAAAGCAAUAUCAGCUUAAGGAUCCAGUCCACAAGGCAACAGGAAUACACCAUUUGCGUCUGUCGUACUAUAGUAUAUAUAGUAUGAGUAUGGAUUGCAGAUGUACAUGCCUGUACAUGUAAUUGCUUUACCUCAUGCCUUUUAAUAUGUACACAUCUUGCUUCGCUGAAAGAACAUAGAAUAGGUCUUUUUAGGGUACAUAAUGUCUAUAGAUAAAUCUGUAUGUAAGAACAUGGUAUGCCUGCUGUUCCUUAGUAGUUCUCUGAUGACUCGAAUUAACCUGUAGUGCCAGCCAAGUCGUGUCAUAUUGGAAACUCGGCUCACAAGGAAAAAUAAAUUUAACUGUUGAAAUUGA